UCAGAAAUCAGAAAUCGGCACCACCAAAAACCAUCUGAAAACCAAAUAAGGAAAAGAAAAUUUACUUCGGAGCGCUCCACACUCUCUCCUCUACACGCUAUGCAACAGAGAACCCCCAAGCGGCAGAAGCACGCCUCUGCUCCGCUUUCCACCGCCGAAACCGCCUCCCUCCAGUCUCCGCCGCAGCGCCUCACGCCAGAACAGGAAGGCGCCAUCAUUGUCGCCGCACUGAAGACCGUCAUCUCCGGCGGGGCUGCUCAGGACUUUCGCCUCUUUCCCAGCAGUAUGGACUGCGCCACCACCUCUACCGACGUCCACGGCAACGCGUUCCUGCCCAUCUCUGACCCCGAACCUUGUCAAUUCUGCAAAAUCAAAGGCUGCCUGGGGUGCAAUUUUUUCCAAGAAGACAGUAAGAGCGUCAGUGUUGCUACUACCACUAAAAAGAAGAAGAAGAACUACCGCGGGGUACGGCAAAGGCCGUGGGGAAAAUGGGCGGCGGAGAUAAGAGACCCGCGACGCGCGGCAAGGGUAUGGCUCGGAACCUUCGAUACGGCGGAAGCGGCGGCGCGAGCAUACGACAAGGCCGCCAUUGACUUCAGGGGACCGAGGGCGAAGCUCAAUUUUCCGUUCCCAGAUAACACACUGUUGACGGAAAACACUGUGGAGACUGAGCAGCCACUUCAGGAAAAUCAAGGGAACAGCGAAUUUUCGGCGCAAACUGGAGAUAUCAAUGAAAAUGGAUUCUGGGAAAUGAUUGGAAAUGAUCAAUGGAUGACGAUGGUAGGCUUUACUGGAGGUGAUUCAUCCGACUCUGCUACCACCGGGAAUGCCCACAGCUUUUGAUAUCUACACAUACCACGAUUAUCUUUUUUCUUUUACCAUUUUUGUUUGAAAGAAAAAGGAAGUAUAUGUAACUGAUAAGGAAAGUACUAUUCUUUCAAUCUUUUCUCUGCAAUUGAAUAAAAAUAACGGCAUUUAUUAGGGCUCUAA